AUGAGUGACGAUGGAGAAGAGGAAGGGGCGAUGUUAGAGUUUACCCCAACUUCGGUGGCCGCCGCCGUAUGUACAAUCAUCGUGGCCAUCUCCCUCACUGUCGAGCACCUUCUCUAUUAUGCCGGCAAGAUGGUUUAUUGUUCAUCUCUCUUCCACAAGCACUUGCUGCAAGUUAUUCAUGGUAAAGAAAAAAAUGAAAAGGCAAAAACAAAAUCACCACCUAAGGAAGAAGUAGAAGGAUCUGAUGGUGACACUGCUUUGCAUGGAGAUGAAGAAACUGAAGACGGUAAAGCUGAAUUGAUGAAGAGAAAAGAUGAUUUAUAG